AUGACUUCGGGCAAAAGAUGGUUCGAGGAUUUGAAGGAGUUGGACAAACCUGUACACGUGGAGCUUGCUGAUGGGAGCACUCUGAACAGCUCAAUGGUGGGCACAAUCAUAGCAAUGGCACCCGAUGGGACAACAGUUAGGUACACUGAAGUGCUCUACGUACCUGGUUUGAAGAACAAUCUCCUCUCCUUCUGUCAACAGCUGAAAAAGGGAGCUCGGAUCAACACAAAUGAUGAUGGCGACACCGAGAUCACCAUGCCAGUUGGAGAAGGGCAUGUACGGAUUGGACUUGGCAAGGACGUGCAUGGAGUGCUCAUGGUGGAAUAUGAGCCAACACUUGCCUUUGCCCAUGGAUCUGGACAUACUCAUGAGGAUGCAUCAUCGAAUGCGCAUGGUCAUGGAGGAUUGAAAGGUCAAUCUGCUUCUGCAUCCGUCACCUACCGUAUCACGCACAUGGCUCGUGUCGUAAGGAGCAUGACACGUAACGUUGACAAGGGCUCUCACCCACCGCGCACUUUUGAUGACAUGCUGCUGAACGCUGGCACUUUGCUUCGACACCAGCAGCACGCGAAUGGAGUCUCACCGCACGUUACGGUGUGGACUUCAGGGGGAGAAAGAACUGAAGAUGGACCAUAUUUUGCAAAGCAAGGUCUACCUGGACAUGAUGCAGCUGUUGUUGUCAUUACAGCAAAAAGGAAGGGAGUUGCUGCAGCAAAUGGCUUACCAUCAGGGGAGGAUGAAGAUGAUGCUGGAAGCAAGGUGAGAUAUGCAACUACGGGCGUACGCAUGGCUGACUCGACAUACAAGGUGACAAAUGACAUGAUCAAGGAUCAGCCCACACUCGCCAAAGGACAUGACAUCACCUGCAGCCGCAUGUGCGGCUUCCAACCGAUUCCACAUGGAGCAUUUUCUACAAACAGACAGCAAGUCAAGGGUGCUGGAGCUGCACUCACAUGGACGGGCUCCUCAAGGUGUGCUGCCCAGCCAAACAUCACGUAG